AUGAUAUUUACUGUUACCUACUGUAAGAGUUCUUGAGUGUGGAAGUUUUCCAAUUUACCUAUUUUGCAAUUUGUCAAGAUCUCUGACCAUUCCAUGUAUGAUUUUUUUUUUUUUAUGGUUUCGUUCCCUCUAAACAUGAGCAAUUAUGAGGAAAUGCUUUGUUCAUUCUCUUGCAGGUGUGGACAUUGUCAGCGGCUGCAACCAACUUGGAAUGAUUUAGGAGAUAAAUACAACAACGUGGAAAACCCACAGGUCUAUGUUGUUAAAGUGGAUUGUACUGUAGAUAUUCCGUUGUGCUCUGAAUUUGGCGUCCGAGGAUACCCAACCCUAAAACUACUUAAACCAGGACAAGAACCUCUGAAGUACCAAGGUCCUAGAGACUUCCAGGCAUUGGAAAACUGGAUGUUGGAGAAACUCAAUGAGGAACCAGCUGAUCUAGAAUCUGAUGUGGAACCACCAAAAGCACCUGAACCUAAGCAGGGACUGUAUGAACUCUCGGCAGACAAUUUCAAGACACAUAUAGCAGAAGGUAAUCACUUUAUCAAAUUCUUUGCCCCUUGGUGUGGUCAUUGUAAGGCUUUGGCUCCAACAUGGGAACAGCUGGCUCUAGCAUUUGAACAUUCAGAAGCUGUCAAGAUUGGCAAGGUCGAUUGUACCCAGCAUUAUGAAGUCUGCUCUGAAAACCAAGUUCGUGGCUAUCCCACUCUCCUCUGGUUUAGGGAUGGUGAAAAGGGUGACCAGUACAAAGGAAAGAGAGACUUCGAUUCCUUAAAGGAAUAUGUGGAUUCCCAACUACAGAGCUCCCAGAAAGAGCCGGCAGCAGAUAAACCAUCCGUGGCUCCCGUAGAACAGCCACCUGCAGAACCUGCCCAUGUUGAGGCUACAGUGCUCUCCCUCUCUGAAAAAAACUUUGAUGAGACCAUUGCUAAAGGGGUCACUUUUAUUAAAUUCUAUGCUCCAUGGUGUGGCCACUGUAAGAACUUGGCUCCAACUUGGGAGAACCUUGCCAAAGAGCAAUUUCCAGGUUUGACUGAUGUCAAAAUAGCGAAAGUAGACUGCACUGUGGAACGUAACGUCUGCAACAGAUUUUCUGUGCGUGGUUAUCCUACACUUCUACUUUUCCGAGGUGGAAAGAAAGUCAGUGAACAUAACGGGACCAGAGACCUGGAAGCGCUGCAUAGCUUUGUCUUGCGUCAGGCUAGGGAUGAAUUGUAAUAAAGGUCUGGACGCUCCACCCCUUGCUGUCUUUGUACAGGAGUGGAGGGAUUUCAAUCAUUGCUAAUUUUCAAAUAGUGGAUAGUGAUAUUGGGGCAAUUUUUUGUUUGUUUUGGGGAAACUGAAUGUAUUAAACAUUGGUAUCUUCCCUCUGUGUGUGUGUUAAAGACAUGUCCUACCCUGUUUGUGAAGGGAAACGAACAAGUACUUACUGUGUAAAUUGAAAUGUUUUCAGCAUUAGGAGAGUUAUUGCAGUUCUGCGUUCCUGCAAUGAAGUGUAAAUAGUUUCUUUUGAGACUAAAAUACAUUUGGGGACGCAGUAGAGUAUUUUUGUCAUCCAGUUUGAGUUGGUCAAAAAGCAAUCCCUACAAACUGCCCACCAUUCCUAGAAAGGUAAAAGCUGCAGCUGUGUUAAAUAAAUUUUGCCUCUACAAGUGUAGUUAUAACUUAGUUGUCUUAAUAUAGCUGCUGGUUAAGAAAUGGAAAGUCACAGGAGGUUGAAAACACACACACCUUUGGAAGAUACCAGGCCACCAUGAGCUGCUUGUUUCCUUUUAAUCCCCUCAGCAUGGGAGGUCUAGCCAUAGGGAAAGUAACGGUACUGCACCCCAUGCCUGCACGUUCCUGAUG